AUGCUUCUGACCGCCGACGCGGCUGGCCCACGCUGCCGCCCUCUGCCGCCUGCUGCUUGCUGGCUCUGGCUGCCCAGCGCUGACCCUGCCCCUACCGCCACCGGGCCGCUGCCCCCACCAGCUGCUGCCAGUUACCGCUGCCUACCGCCCCAGCCACCUGCCUGCCACCACUUCCUGCCGCUGCCGCCUGCCACCCUUGCCUGCAUCCCCUUGCCUCCGCCUGCCUGCCCCCGUCCCCUGCCGCUGCCGCCGCCUGCUACCUCCUUCCACUGCCCGCCGCCCUUGCCUGCCUGCCGCGGCCGCCUGCCUGCCCGCUGCAGCCGCAGACGCCCCCCGCUGGUGCUGUCACCGCUGCAACCUCUGCUGCUGCCCGCUGCCGCCUGCCACCGACUGCCACCGCCUGCCUGCCGCUGCCUGCAGCCACUGCCCACCAAUGCUGCCACCGCCGCCUGCCACUGCCUGCCUGCUGCCGCCACCAGUCAGUACUACCACUGCCGUCUGCCACUGCCGCCCCCUGCUGCCGCUUACCUCUGCCUGCCGCCGCCACCUGCCUUCUGCCACCCACCGCCCUUGCCUGCGCCUGCAGCCUGCUGCCCGCCGGCAUCCGUGACCGCCUGCCUGCCGCCGCCGUCUGCUGCCGCAGCCUGGCUCCACCGGGCCCAGCUACCUAACCCCGAGAAUCCUGAACCUGCUACCUUUUACCUGCCGCCACUGCCUGCCUACCGCUGGCGCCUGCAGCCCGCUGCCCCCACUGCCUGCCUCCGCUGCAGCCUGCCUCCUCCUGCCACCUUCCCGCGCCACCUGCAUCCGCUGUCUGCCACCGCUUCCUGCCACUGCCGCCUGAGACCGCUGCCGGUUGCCCGCCACGGCCCGCUGCCGCUUCCUUACCACCGCCGCCUGCUGCCGCUUACCACUGCCCGCCACCGCAGUCCGCCACCACCGCAUGCCUACUACUGCCGCCUCCCAACAGCUGCAAUUCCCGCCUUCCUAACACUGCUGCCUGCGGCCACCACCUGUCCCCGCCAACCGCCUGCCACUGCUUCCUGCCACCACCGCCUGUUGCCAUCUGCGGCUACUGCCACCAGCCUCCGCUGCCUAACCUCGACGAUGCUUGCCAACGUUGCCUGCCUACCGCAGCCACCUGCUGCCGCUGCCCCCUGCAGCCCGCUUGGCCCCACCGCCUGCCGCUGCCACCUGCCGCCGCUGCUGUCUGCUGCCCUCACUGCGUGCCGCCGCUGCGGCCCGCAUAACCCUGACACCUGCCCCUGCCGCCGCUUUCUGCCACCGCUUACGGCCGGCUGCGACUGUCAGCCGCCGCUUCCUGCCUGGCUCCUGCUGCCUGCAGCCCGCCACGGCCUGCUGCAUCGCCGCCUACCCCCGCCUGCUGCCACUUACCACUACCCGCCACGGCAGCCCCCCCCGGGGCCUGCCGGCCGCCACUACCUGACCCCACCACUGCCCGCCGCCACUUCCUGCCGCCACUGCCUGUUGCCACCUGCGGCUACUGCGUACCCCCAGUGCUGCAGCCUGCCUGCAACUGUCUGCCAGCUGCCUGCCGCAGCCUGCCUGCCCCCGCCCCCUGCCGCCGCCGCCGCCGCCUGCUACCUCCUUCCACCGCCCGCGGCCCUUGCCUGCCUGCCGCCGCCGCCUGCCGCUUCUUACCCAAGCCCGCCACCGCUUCCUGCCGCCGCCUGCAAUCACCUACCGCCGCCGCCCACCAUACUUGCCUGCCGCUACCUGCCUCCCUGCCCCCACCGCUUACUGCCACCCCCUGCCUCCACUGCCUCCACCCCACUGCAGGCGCAGACGCCACCCGCUGGUGCUGUCACCACUGCCACCUCUGCUGCUGCCCGCUGCCACCUGUCACCGACUUCCACCACCUGCCUGCCGCUGCCUGCCACCGCCGCCUGCCACCGCAUGCCUGCUGCCGCCACCAGUCAGUACUACCACUGCCGCCUGCCACUGCCGCCCCCUGCUGCCACUUACCUCUGCCUGCCGCCGCCACCUGCCUUCUGCAACCCACCGCCCUUGCCUGCGCCCGCCGCCUGCUGCCCGCCGCAUCCGUGGCCGCCUGUCUGCCACCGCCGUCUGCUGCCGCAGCCUGGUUCCACCAGGCCCAGCUACCUAACCCCGAGAAUGCAUGCCAAAGCUGACUGCCUAACCCCACCGCUGACAGCACCGCUGGCCUACCGCUGCCACCUGCCAAUCGCCACAGCUGCCGCCUGCCUAAUGCUGAUGUCUGCCACCUGCCUGUCCCCGCCGCCUGCCUGCUGCCGCCACCUGCUAUAUCCUUGCACCACCCGCGGCCCUUACCUGCCGUGGCCUGCCUGCCAGCCGCUGCUUACUGCAGCCUACACCUGCUACCUCUUAUCUGCCGCCACUGCCUGCCUACCGCUAGCGGCUGCAGCCCGCUGCCCCCACUGCCUGCCUCCGCUGCAGCCUGCCUCCUCCUGCCACCUUACCCCGCCACCUGCCUCCGCUGUCUGUCACCGCUUCCUGCCACUGCCUCCUGACACCGUUGCCGCCGCUUCCUGUUGCCGCCUGCCUGCCGCUUACCGGGGCUUGCCUGCCUGCCGCCCCAGCUGCCUGUGUCCCACCGCUUCCUGCCGCCGACGCCUGCUACCUCCUCGCACCGCGCGCCUCCCUUGCUUGUGGCUGCCUGACUGCCAGCCACUGCUUACCACAGCCUGCCCGCGCUGCUGCCUGCUGCCACUGUCGCCUGCCCUGCCGCCUGCCUUCACUUCCUGCCGCCGCUUCCUGUCACCACCUGCCGCCGCCGCUGCCGCCUGCCCCGCCGCUUGCCUUCGCUUCCUGCCGCCGCUUCCUGUCACCGCCUUUCGCCGCCACUGCCGCCUGCCCCGCCGCCUGCCUUCGCUUCCUGCCGCCGCUUCCUGUCACCACCUGCCGGCCCGCUGCCACUGCCGCCUGCCUUCGCUUCCUGCCGACGCUUCCUGCCACCUCCUGCUGCCAAGCCACCACAUGACUACCGCUGUCGCCUACCUAACGCUGCUGCCUGGCCCUGCCGCCUGCCGCCGCUUCCUCCCGCCGCUUACCACUGCCUGCCCCCGUCUGCCACCUCUUGCCGCCGCCGCCCCCUGCUUGCCUCUAGCCAGGGCCUGCCAGCCACCAGCACCUGCCCCCACCACCUGCCCGCCGCCGCUUCCUGCAGCCACCACCUGUUGCCACCUGCGGCUACUGCCUACCCCCAAUGCUGCAGUCUGCCUGCAACUCCCUGCCACCUGCCUGCCGCAGCCUGCCUGCCCCCGCCCCCUGCCGCCGUCGCCGCCUGCUACCUCCUUCCACCGCCCGCCGCCCUUGCCUGCCUGCCGCCGCCGCCUGCCACUGCCUAAAAUCGCCUACCACCGGCGCCUCUUCCGCUGCUCCCAAACGCUGAAGCCGACUGACGCCCGCACUACUGCUGACGCCGCUGCCGCCGCUGCCGCCGAUGCCGCCACUGACGCCGCCGCGUAA